UCCGCGCUGAUCGCCAUGUUGUGUUCAGGACACACGGGAGGAGAUCUGGAGGCUUCACUACAACGCUUAAACACACCGAAAAACUCCAGAAAUCACCCGUUUUGCGAAUGAUCCAGGAUUAUCCGGUGAAAAACGCGUUUUGGGGGAUUUUACACGGUAAUAGAGUUCAUCUGGCACGACAAAACACACCGCUUUUAAUCGAUUUAGAUGCUGUUGCUACAUUUCGGUCCUCGUUUGGAUUUACAUUCGCGUUUUCUGGAUUUAAAAUCACAACUGUGAUUUUAUAAAUCUUCAUAUUUGUCCAAAUCAUCGUUGGAGAAGCAGAGGAUCGUAUCAGGAUGUGUUUAAACCCGAGUCCAUCAUGAUUUGGGAUUUUAUGUGUUGAUAAACUCGCUGAGAGUGAUCGAUACCGAUCGAUAUUAGCCCAUAAGUGUAUUGGAGACUGUCCAGCACAGUUUGCUCUCUGAUUCAGUAUGACUGUAUUAAUGUUUGAUAUUUCAUCAAUGCAGACAGAAACACAGGCACUGAGGAUUUGUCAAAUCUCUCCAACACUAAACCUCUCUUACAGACUUACACAUUGAUCCGGACCUGUUUGCUCACAAAUAAAUGCUUUUGGCAAUAUUAAAACAUUAAUUUUCGAGGGAGCGGAUUAUCGGCUUGGGUGUUGCUGGGAUUUAGCGCAGUUACAAGAAUCUGCACUGAAAAUGAGGACAGACACCAAACUGGCCUUGGCCAUAUUCCUCGUGUCCUGUUCAUCAGGUGCGAUUCUAGGCCGCUCGGAGACGCAGGAGUGUGUGUAUUAUAAUGCGAGCUGGGAGAAGGACAGGACGAACAGGAGUGGCACGGAGUCGUGUUAUGGAGAAAAAGACAAGCGGCGACACUGUUUCUCCACCUGGAAGAACCGCUCGGGAACCAUCGAGAUGGUGAAGCAGGGCUGCUGGCUGGACGAUGUCAACUGCUACGACAGCAGUGAGUGUGUGGAGCGCAAGGAGAAUCCUGAUGUCUUCUUCUGCUGCUGCGAGGGAAACAUGUGCAACCAGAAGUUUCACUACAAUCCAGAGAUGCUUCAGACCACAUCGAACCCCGUCCCCCCGAAGCCGGACUUGUUUCCCACGCUGCUCUACUCUCUGCUGCCCAUCAUGGCAGUUGCUGUAAUUCUCUUCAUCUCCUUCUGGAUGUACCGACACCUGAAGCUGACGUACCCGCCGCUGCUCGUGCCGUCGCAGGAUCCGGGUCUGACUCCUCCGUCUCCUCUGCUGGGUCAGAAGCCUCUGCAGCUGCUGGAGCUGAAGGCCAGAGGACGCUUCGGCUGCGUGUGGAAAGCUCAGCUGCUCAGCGAAGCCGUGGCGGUCAAGAUCUUCCCCGUGCAGAAUAAACAGUCCUGGCAGAAUGAAUAUGAGAUUUAUAACGUGAGCGGAAUGAAACAUGAAAAUCUCCUUCACUUCAUCUGCGCAGAAAAACGUGGGAAUGGAGUUGAUAUAGAGCUGUGGCUGAUCACAACCUACCAUGAGAAGGGUUCGCUGACAGAUUUCCUGAAGGCGAACGUGUUGUCGUGGAAUGAGCUGUGUCUGAUCGCGCAGACGUUUGUGCGCGGUUUGGCUUAUUUACACGAGGACAUUCCCAACCUGAAGGACGGACACAAGCCUGCCAUCGCACACAGAGACAUCAAGAGUAAGAAUGUGCUGCUGAAGAGUGAUUUAACCGCCUGCAUCGCUGACUUUGGUCUGGCGCUCAAGUUUGAAGCGGGAAAAUCAACAGGUGACACACACGGACAGGUGGGCACGCGGCGCUACAUGGCUCCAGAGGUGCUGGAAGGAGCGAUCAGUUUCCAGCGGGACGCUUUUCUGAGAAUCGACAUGUACGCAGCCGGUCUGGUGCUGUGGGAGCUAGCCACACGCUGUACAGCGGCCGACGGCCCAGUGGAUGAGUUCUGUCUGCCGUUUGAGGAGGAGGCUGGUCUUCAUCCGUCUCUGGAGGACAUGCAGGACGUCGUUGUACACAAGAAACUGCGGCCAAUAUUCAGAGAACACUGGCUCAAACACACGGGUCUGUCUCUGCUCUGCGAGACGAUGGAGGAAUGCUGGGAUCACGAGGCGGAGGCGCGCCUCUCUGCUGGAUGUGUGGAGGAGCGAAUCAUCUCCAUGCAGCGCAGCACCAGCAUCAUCAGCCCAGACGACAUCCUCUCUGUCGUCACGAUGGUAACCAACCUGGACUUCCCGCCCAAAGAGUCCAGCCUAUGAUGAAGCUGCUGCUCUCAGCCAAUCACAAAACAGAAACACUGUCCAAAAACGAGGAGAAGGAACUCAGCGUGGACGUCAUCUCUAAUGCAUAAAGGAAAAGACUUGUGUUUUUAUAACCGCAGUGAUUUUAGUAUAUGUACAAAAGGGCAAGGACUGCGUUUGCUUGUUGGUUUCUGCGAAUCAUUACAGUCACGCCAACAUGAGACACUUGUGAAUGUCUGCCGCAAAUCACACACACGGAGUCUGGAGGAGUUAUGCUGAAAUAACCAUAGACCUCCCUCAACAGGUAUAUACCUCAUUUUGAUUUAUCCUGCUUUUUUAUUUGUCUGAGCAGCCGCUGUGGAGGAGGAGAGUAGCUGUAACACACACCGUAGUGUUUCUGCCUUCACAUUUCAUCAUCAUCAUCAGAGUCUACUGAAGGGGUUAAUCAUGAGGAAUUAAUGCUCGCUUUACUGUCUCACACACACACACACACACACCAGGGUCCAACAUCAGCUCCUGCCAAUGCUGGAGAAUUGACUGUUGGCGUUCAGUGCAGUUUUCUGUAUUAAUGAUGUGCUGGUCAUCAUCAACUACCCCUCCUGCACUUCAGGUGGACAUGCUCAGACCGCUUAUUCAGAAGAUGUGGGGCGCUCAUGAUGUCAAACACUAAACACCAGCAGAAAUCAUGGAGCGUGAGUGUGUUUGAGUGAGGGAGUGAUUGAGUUUGGAAUAGUUUAAGGAAGUGUGUGUGUGUGUGUGUGUGUGUGUGUAUGCCUGUGCUGUCCCUCAGAGCCUGCAGAUGAUACAAACUACACGUUAUAUUACAAGAUUCAGUUCAUUCUGAAGCGCAACAGUUCUAUGCAGAUGUGUGUAUUCAUCCAUUAUGCCAUAACACAUGCUUUUAUGUGACCCUGGACCACACAACCUUUCAGUUUAUUAUUAUUAUUUCUUUAGAGGUUUCUACACCGUUGAUUUAUUUAGCUUUCCAAUGCCGUUUGCUGGUUAGGAUUAACCAAUAUUUGGUUAAGAUGCAACUAUUUUAGAAUCUGAGAGUUCAGAAAAAUCAAAAUAUUGAAAAAAAGUCAUGUUUAAAGUACUUGAAUGAACUUCUAAUCAGUUAAGCUGCAAUAUGUUUAUGGUAAUGCGUUUAAUAAAUGUCUCCGUGGAGCUUGAUCUUUACUUAAUCCUUUAGAUGUUUGGCAUAAAAUACAAAUCUCUAAUUUUGACCGAUACUAUGUAGUUUUGGCCAAAAAAAAACACACCCGUGCCGCUUAAAACUGGUUUUGUGCUCCGGGGUCACUUGUGCGCUUUGGGAUAUUACAUAAAAUACAUCACAAUCAAAGCAUCAAGAUGGCACAUUUACAAUUAAUGCUACAAUUAUGACAGCUUUGAUGAACUAAAAUGAUGUGAAUCUGCCUCUGCUGAUGUCCACUGCUCAAUCACAACAUCUGCCAUUGUUUUAGUGCUUCUGAAAUGCAGAGUUUAUUCAUUUAUUAUGGAAGAAAGCUGCAGAAACAUUCAUUUUUUUUUAUUAUUGAUCAUUUGUACCCCAUAAAGUUGAGUUCUUCAGUCUUGAAAACUGUUCAUAUAAAUCAAAUUCUGCAUUUCUUAAAGCAAAUGAAGCUAAUGUGACUCAAA